AUGGACAACGUCAGCGCGCAGAACGCGAACGACGAGCCUAGCAAGCCAGUGUCGAGCUUCCAAUCAUCGAAGCCCAAACUGCUAGCUCAGAUAAUUCAGAAAAAUCGCAAGUUGCCAAAAAAGUCCAUGAAGCAGUCCGGGCGGUGUCACGAGAAGAUCGUCAUCGGGCAACACGCCUCCUCAUUCCGCAACUUUGCUCCACAAGCUCGACCACCCCACACCUUUCGCCCUUGA